AUGAGUUCAAACAAAGGUUCUGGUCGUUCUGGUCAUAUUGAGAAAAACGUAAUAGGUAAACGAGGGUCUGGCCAGCUCUAUGCCACUAGACAACAGCAGAAACAAGAUGAGAUAUUGAGAAAGAAAGUGGAAAAGCAUGAGGACUCCGCAAGAAUUGCUAGAUCAAGCAUCUCAAAACAUAAAGAAUUACGCAAAAUACAGGUGGCAUGUGCAGAACUAGAAGAAGAGUUGGAGUCCAAGGGGGCGAGUGAGGAGGAAAUUAAAAGAGCUGUAAAAGAGCAAAGGACCAAGCUUACAAGUAAAUCCGACAGCAAGGAGAAUAAACACAAUGACAUUUAUAGUUACAAACCGAGAUUUGCGUCUAAAUAG